CUUUUCCUUUUUCGUCCGAUAGAAGAACAGCAACGACGAACAAUCGUACAAAAUCUUUCUCCAGAGAUUAAAAAAACCACGAAGCUAAAGAUGAUUUUCAAAUCGUCCGUAUUUUUGCUCCUACUACCUGGCGCCUCUGGGUUUACCGCGCCCAAGAAGACGACAUCAAGCACCAAGUUGGAUGCCGGGAGAACCUUGUACGACAAGAUCUUCGACGAUCACACCGUGACCGAGUCCGAUGGUUCCACUCUUUUGUAGUAAGUUUUUCCGAAGUUUUGAAAGCACUUGAUGUCAUCUAUGUUUAUGUCCCGGCAUCAAUCAUCGUUUUACCUUUUCGAAACAUACGCAUUUUUUAACGUGAAUCUAUUUUUUAAAUUUUUUGUUAAUUGCUUAUGUCAUCAAUAUUUUCGACUGCCGCUGAUGUGCAAAAACAGCAUCGACAGACACUUGGUUCACGAAGUAACAUCCCCCCAAGCAUUCGAGGGUCUCCGCCUUGCAAACCGUGGUGUCCGCCGUCCUGACUGCACUCUACUUACUGUUGAUCACAACGUCCCCACAGAAGAUCGAACGGAACUGAAGGAUGUCGAGAGCUUUAUCACGGAGAUCAACUCCAGAACCCAGGUUCUUGAAUUGGAAAAAAAUGUCGAAAGGUUCGGCCUCAAGUACUUUGGAAUGGAAGACGAGAGACAAGGAAUCGUUCACAUAAUCGGUCCGGAACAGGGGUUCACUCUUCCAGGAUCGACUUGCGUAUGCGGUGAUAGCCACACCGCUACACAUGGUGCAUUCGGUGCCCUUGCGUUUGGAAUCGGAACCAGCGAGGUUGAACACGUAUUGGCAACUUCGACACUCCCACAGGUUAAGGGACAGAAUUUUUUGAUUCAGAUUGAUGGUGAGCUGGACGAAGCUGUCACAUCCAAAGAUAUCAUCCUCCACAUUUGCGGUGUCAUCGGAACUGCUGGAGGUACCGGUAGUGUCAUUGAGUUUGCUGGAAGUGCUAUCGAAUCCUUGUCCAUGGAAGCGCGAAUGAGUAUUUCUAACAUGGCGAUCGAAGCCGGUGCAAGAGCUGGACUCAUCGCGCCGGAUGAGGUCACAUUUGAGUAUUUGAAGGGUCGUCCUAUGUCUCCUUCCGAUGAGGAUUGGGAUAACGCAGUUGCAUACUGGAAGAGUCUAAGAUCUGACGAGGAUGCAGUUUAUGAUAAGACUGUGGUGAUUAAGGCAGAAGAUAUUGCCCCUACGGUUACCUGGGGAACUUCACCCCAAGAUGUUGCACCCAUCAACGGUAACGUUCCUGACCCCGAAAAGGCCCCCGACGCUGCCCGUAAAGCAGCCAUGGAACGAUCCCUCAACUACAUUGGACUCGAAGGCAACCAGCCACUAGAAGGUGUUAAGAUCGACAAGGCUUUCAUUGGGUCUUGUACCAAUGGUAGAAUUGAGGACAUUCGUGCCGUUGCAGCGAUUGCUACAGGUCGCAAGGUCGCAGAAGGAGUCCACGCGUACGUUGUUCCUGGAUCGGGUCUCGUGAAGAAGCAGGCCGAAGACGAAGGCCUAGAUAAAAUUUUGAUCGAAGCAGGUUUCGACUGGCGUGAACCUGGAUGUUCCAUGUGUUUGGCAAUGAACGAUGACAAGCUAAAACCCCAAGAACGGUGUGCAUCAACGUCAAACCGUAACUUCGAGGGGCGACAAGGUGGUGGUGGUCGUACGCAUUUGUGUUCCCCUGCCAUGUCAGCGGCCGCUGCCAUUGACGGAGCUCUCGCAGACGUUCGCAAAUUUCCUUUCCUAGGAGAUGCCGAUAAGGACCCUCGCAAAUUCGGCGUCAACGCCAAGGGAUCGCGGGUGUUUACAACCGAACAAUUUGUUUCUCCUGGUCCUAUUAUUGACCCACCAGCUCCGUACAUGAAGGAAAAUACCGGAGAUGGCGAGGUUGCAUCAGGACUACCAAAAUUCCAGGUAUUGAAGGGCAAGGUAAGUUUUCUUACUCAGUUUUUUGUAAAAUUGGGCGCACGCAGAAUUUGUUCGACGUGCAAACAGUUUACGACGAGAUAUUAACCAUUUCAUCUCCGCUCAUGUAUUUCUCUACGAUAGUCUGCCCCUCUAGAUAUCCAAAACAUUGAUACGGAUAUGAUCAUUCCAAAAGAGUUUUUGAAAACAAUCAAACGUGCCGGGCUCGGAUUCGCCGCCUUCGCCGAACUUCGAUACAAAAACCCCGACCAGGUUGCUGCUUUGGGCGAAGACGUUGCAGAAAGCAACGACGAUUUCAUUUUGAACAAACCCGAAUACGAAGGCACUUCUAUUUUGAUUGCUGGUGAUAACUUCGGAUGCGGAUCUUCCCGAGAGCAUGCUCCAUGGUCGAUCAAUGACAUGGGCAUCCGAUGUAUCAUCUCAACAUCAUUUGCCGAUAUCUUUUACAACAACUGUUUCAAUAACGGAAUGCUUCCUCUUGUUUUGACGCGUGAUGAAGUUGAAGUCUUGUUAAAGGAUUCCGAGGAUCCUAACAACGAGUUGACGGUCGAUCUUCCCAACCAAAAGGUCAUCCGUUCGAAUGGCGAAUCAUUUGAUUUCGAGAUUGAUUCGUUCCGAAAAAUGUGUCUCCUUAAUGGCUUAGACAAGAUUGGCCUCACUCUCGAGAAGGUUGAUCAAAUCGCGGAAUUUGAGACAAAAAGAAGCGCUUCCUACCCAUGGCUAGACGGUGCAAGUAUGAAGGUGCCCGAUAAGGUCAGAAUGCACGAGAAUGCUCCCAUUUGGGCCAAUUAAGUUUUCUAUCAUUUCAUUUAUAGUGCUUGACGUCAGAAUAACCUUUCAAGUUAGAAACAACUUUUAUCCAGAUCAAACCAAACUGUAGCUACUGCUACUACCACUAGUAUUCAUACUGCUAGUGGUAAUAGCAGAGGAGAAGAACAGGGUCAUAUUUGCAUUCUUUCCCAGUCUUUCAUGCUAUACUGCAACAGCUCCCGGUGGUGUUCGAAUCGUUCCAUAUAGUCACGCGGAGUCCCCAAAUAGUUUUGAGCGGACUCGUCCAGCCCCUCCGGAUGGGCGAGUAUCAGCGCAUACAUCACCAUUAUCGAUACCCCCCGCAUUGCCGCCCGGUGAAGCGGGAGACAGUCCGCAGCUCCGUGCCUCUUGCAGGCGUCAGGAUAGGCGUCCAGGAGUUUCAGCAGCAGUGGAUCGGGGCACAUGGACGUAAUCGCGAUGUGGAGGGGCAUGUUUCCUUGCACGUCGGGUUCCGCCGCCAGGUGGGGCUUCUCCUCCAGCAGCUUUUCUACCAGGGGCCAUUGCUUGACCUCGAUGGCCUGGAAGAGCUCGUUGUCGGAUUUGCUUGCAUAUUCUUAUUCGGACAGGGUCAUUUUGGCAACGGUCUAUACUACAGUAGCUAUUACGGUACUUUGUCUGUCGCCGAAGUGAGAGAUGAUACUAAUUGGGGUCGGGGUAUCUUGACAUGGUCACUAUUUUUCAAAUCGAAUAUUUGCAAACGCAGCCGUGUUUCAUCUUCGCACGAAGAUACCGGUUGUACGGUACUUGGUACGUAUCGGGAAUCACCCAAUAUGAAUGACGAUGACAGAUUGUCGAACGAUGAUCCAUACGAUUAAAAAGAUCGAAAGGUU